AUGCCUAAACAAAUUUCUGAGAUAUUCAGAAAGACUACAACAAGAAUAAAAAGUAUAGCAUUUCAUCCCACCAAUCCAGUAAUCAUCACUGCUCACCACUGUGGAACCAUCUACAUUUGGAAUGUUCUCUACCAACAGAUUGUUGCUGUUCUGAGAGAGCACCAGGGAAGCGUGAGAUGUGUAAAGAUCCAUCCAUACGGAGAAAUAUUUGCCACUGCAGGAGAUGACAAAAUCAUAAGAGUGUGGAACUACAAGACUAGACAGGUCGUGCAGACUAUGAAGGGCCACACUGACUAUAUUCGAUGCAUUGAUUUUCACCCAACUAAGCCUUGGAUUAUUAGCGCCUCAGACGACUGUACGAUAAAGAUUUGGAACUACUAUACGGGCGAGCAGCUUAGCAGCAGUUCUGGACACACACAUUACGUUAUGGCAGUUCUGUUUCUGGACAGCAACCAUAUUCUUACAGGAUCCUUGGAUCACACAAUCGGAUUAUGGAACUGCUCAAAUCUAUUUGAAAAGAAGAAAUUUAUGGUGCCUGACGUAAUACUACGUCAGUCCAUAGAUGCUCAUGAUCGGGGAGUGAACUGUUUGUAUCUUAGCAACGAGUAUGUAAUGAGUGGAUCGGAUGAUAGAGAGAUAAAGAUUUGGAAAUUCCAGAACGAGACUCUUGGUCUUGAGAAGACAUUGUACAGCCAUGAAGGAAAUGUGAUAUCUGUCUUCUGUGAUAAUGGGAAUUUCUUUGGAGGCGGGGAGGACAACAUCCUCUCCGAAUUCUCUGAUGGGAAGUCAACUAAGCACAACAUCGAUUCAAGAGUGUGGUCUAUAGCCGGAAGAGAUGAUUAUCUGGCAAUUGGCACCGACGAUGGUCUUAUUUUGUACAGAAAAAGUUUCGAAAUAUCAUUUUGCGAAUACCAGAAUAAUAUUUUCUAUUCAAUAUCUAAUGUUGUUAAGAAGUAUAACAUGAAACAGUCAGUAGACUACUGCAGGCUAAAGAGAGGAGUCACCAACAUGUUCAUGAGGGACAGCAUUCUUUAUGCUCUUUACGACGGGUCCUUUGAGAUGUUUGAAGAUGAAAGAAGAAUAGGAGGAGAUGUUGGAAGUAUUGCAUUUGUCGAGGGAGAUAAAUAUCAACUAAAGGAAGAUGGAAUCUACAAGAAUGAUGAAAUGUUCCGGUCUGGAAUAAAAGGGAUGCUAGUGCCGUCAACAAAAGGGUUGUUUAUUGUGAACAAUCGGACUUUUACUCUCAUUAUUGGCGACCAGGAGUAUUCAGCCACAUUUAACUUUAGCAUUAGAUCUGUCAAGUCCAACAACCAAUACAUUGUGCUGGUCGGUGUCAACAAGAUACUGUUCCUAGACUAUUCCCUGCAACUUGUUCAUUCAAUCAAUGAACUCGUCGAAAUUACCGGGGGAGUUUUCCACGAGGACAUUUUCAUAUACGCAACUGUAAAACAACUAAAGUUUUUCCUGGAGGAUGUUGGAGUGUUGCAGUCAAUAGAAUCAUACAUGGUUCCUGUUUUGGUCCAGAAUGACUAUUUAUUAGUCCUUGGAUGCAAUGAGAUAGAAAAGAUCCUGCUUAAUAUGUCUGAGAUAAGAUUUAGAAAAGCAGUUCUCAACGACAGCAACAUCUUGUCAGUGAUUGAGGAAGAGCAGCUUCCAGGACUUAGUCCUCUUGAAUAUCUAAUAAAGAAGAACAAGGGAGGCAUUGCCUUACCGUUCAUAAAGGAUGAAGAUAAAAGAUUUCAGCUGUUCAUGAAUGAUAAAAACUACGAAGAAGCUCUGAGGCUCUGUUCAAACAAUAGAAUGUUUGAAGAGCUGGCUUUCCAUUCACUGAAAAACGGCUGCUAUGACAUGGCAGAGACUUGUUUUAAAAGAAUCCAGGAUUACGUAAGUUUAUUUUACCUAUUUCUUUCGACCAAACAGCUAGAUAAAUUAAAAGAGCUGGAGGGCGAGGAGAUAGAAAACAUGGUGAAGAUUAUAUUUGAAGACAGGAGUAUUUUUGAGUCAUCUAAAAAUGUGCAGCAGGAAGGCAAAACACAGGGCGUAGCCCAAAGUGGGAAGUACACUGACAAAAUUAAAUUACAAAGUGUAUCACCGGAAAUGACACAGGAUAAAGCUGUUAUAUCAAAAAGUAGUAAAGAAAAUAUUCUACAGGAAACUGCAGAGGAGGAAAAUAUGAAAGAGGAGGAUACAGCAGAGAAUAUCUCUGAAGAGCUGAGUAAAAAUUUUGAUAGUAUUUCACUUUCACAGAAAAACGAAACUAAGGACUUUGAGAAGCAAAGUGGUGAUGACAAGGCAAGGGACUACGAGGAAGAUAAUGGAAGCACUGGAAGCAAUGUACGAACAGACCAGGCUACCUUUAACGAUUCAGACUUUCAAUCCCAAAUCUUUGAUUUAUCUGAGAUUGACUUAAGUGAAGAGACGAGAGGAGCCGAAAUUGAUGAUCUAUACGAGAAUGCAUUGGAGUUGACAACACAGGGGAAGUUUUCUGGCGCCAUUGAAAUGUUCAGAGAGUGCAUUGCAUUGAUUGCACUGAGGAUAUCCACGCCGACAGACUUUUCGGAUUUAAGAAGGAAAAUAGGAAAUUACCUACUUGGGCUGCAUAUAGAAAAGUCUAGGCGGAAUAUUGUCGAUCCAGAGAGAAGUAUACAAAUGAGUUUGUUUUUCUCAAAUCUAGAGCUGGAAGGAAUCCACAUCCUGCUUGUAAAGAAUCUGGCCUUAACAACAUGCUUUAAGCAUGGAAACCUUAAAACUGCCUAUGAAAUUGCCGAAAAAUUUCCUGAUUGCAAAAACUCAAAAAAAAUUUUAAGUGAGAAAAAGGGCGAGGAUGUGUAUCAGAUUGACGAGUCCUGGCUGUGCUAUGACACCAUUUUGCCAUCAAAGUCGUUCAAAGAGUGUGCGUUGUGCGGGGUUAAAUCAAAAGAGGGAGAGUUAUGCCAGGCGUGCAAAAUAGGGAUUUUACAUUAA